AUGUUAAAGAAACGCUUUAUAUUCUAUGAAGUAUUUAAUUACAUCUCUUCCAGGUGUAGAAGUUUGAAGCAUAUGACGUUGGACAAACUCUCUAUUUUAGGAUCUAUUUCUAAAAAGACCGGAUUUUUGUUAGUCGACAUGCCCUAUACUUUCUUAAAGACUCUGGAAAUUGGCCAGGUUCCAUACAGCACACUAGAAUAUAGCUUUUUUAUGGAUACAAAUAUCGACGAAAAGGACGAAAGAAAGAGAAACGAGAAUGAUUCAGAAUACCCUAUUUCAGCAAGCCACAUUAUCGAUUGGAUCUCUGUAUACAAGUACAUUAAGAGAAAUCGGGAUAAAUACUUGACGACUACAAAGCUUUCAAAUAAAGGUGCCACUAUCACACUUGAAUACUAUCAAGACUUCCAAUCCAACAAAACCGAUCAAAUCUUGGAAGAUUUCGGCUUGUAUGAUGAAGCGGACCAAUCUAUAUGCGACAAGUGCAAUCUUUCCGAAGGAUGCGGAGAAUUGAGAUUUGGCAAGGUCGAAACUGUUCAUGUUGUGCGUGAUUCAAGCCUGGGAAAGGACAUAAACAGCGAACGAGCAAAAUCCUUAAUAAAGACACCAAAACUCAAAAGUAAAAUAUAUAAACUUCAGCUUUCAAGUAAUCAAUUUGAUGAUAGGAAUAAUUGCUCUGAAUUGGACUCAACGUUUCAUUUUGCUAGGUCGCGACUUUGUUCCAAAAGCCAAAUGAGCAAGUUCUUGACUCUUAAUACAAUAUCAGAACUACCAUUCGAAAUCCUUGCACAAAUUGCUGAUAAGCUAUCGACAACCGACAGGCUAACCUGUGCUCUUACAUGCAAGGGAUGGAGAUAUCUGUUUCAAAAGGCACUGUUGAGAGACAUGCAGAUUUAUUCCUAUUACAAAAUUCAAGAAACAAUCAACGAAAUUAGAACUUACAGAAACGAAUCCACAUCACUCCCACUCUUGGUCUAUAGUUUAAAAAUACAGCAUUAUUACAAUAUGACAGAAAUAUCCAGCAUUGCAUUUUCGGACUUAUUCGUAUACCUGCCAAACUUGAAGGCCCUGGAGCUAUGUGUUGAGCCAUAUAUUGAUAUUGAAGUGGAGAUACCCCUACCAAAAAAAAUAUGGAAGUCUCUUGAAAGCUUGAAAAUACAAUACAGAGGAAUUUAUGAUACACGGCCAGCAAUACACCUAUGUAGAUUUAUAAAUACAUACCACAUGGUCCAGAGAUUAGAAUUGCUUGAUGAAGGAAACUUUGGUUGCAUAGAGUUUAGCGUGAACGACUUUGAAAACAUGCACCAAAACAUUCGAAACUUAUCAUCUAUCAAGGCUAGCAUAUAUCUCAGUCCUUACACCUGGUCUAGGCUGGACAACUUCUCAGAUACGAUGCCAGCUUUUGCGGUGACAUCCCUAGAUAUAAAUUUUAAAAACAAAAGCAUAAAAUUCAGUAGUUCAAGUCAGAAUAAAUGGAAUCCUCUAUGGCUGUCUUAUUUUGGUUACAAGUAUCCGAACUUGCGUUCCCUGAAGCUGACAACCACUAAUACAUGGGGAAAUUCGACAAAUUCGGACGAGAGGCAAACAAUCAUAUCUCUUUUUCAAUCCAAUCCAAAUGCAUUUCGACACCUAAAAACAUUCAGCUUUACAGUCAACAAUCAUUUCGCGCUUUCUGACCUUGUUAUACUAGAAUUGCUUUGUGUAUUAAGAGCUCCUCUUAGACAUGUGGCCCUAAAUACAACAAGAAAUCAAGAAGCAGACUGUUCAUAUCCAUUGAAUGUCAACAGAAUUUUACGAUCAUUUUCUAAAACACUCGAGAGCCUUUUGCUUACAGGGUUUACAUAUAGCAAUCAUACCAAAAAUCCGGUUCUCAAACUAUCCCUUUACUGUCCUCUUUUGACGAACCUUUGCAUCAUUGGAAGAAAUAUAUCUCUCAAUUUAAAGGAUCUAUUGAACAAAUGUGUGGCCCUCAAACAACUAAAAUUUGGUGGUGGAAAAUUGUUCACUAAUCUAAACAUGACAACCAAGGAGCCAGAACAACAGCAGAAAGAACAUGGACUACAGAUCUUGUCUCUAGAAAAAUGCUCUGCGAACGCUUCAACAUUUAAGCACAUAUCUUUCAGGUGUAAGAAUCUACAGCAUAUGACUUUGAAUAUUGUGUCGGUCACUGAACUUAUUUGGGAAACUACCGGAUAUUUUCUACUCGACAUGUCACAUACUUUCUUAAGAACUCUGAAAAUUGGCCGAAUUCGAUACGAAAUAUCAAACCGAUAUAUAAAGAAAAAGGAUUAUAUCUGCCUUACACUCCUGUCUCAAUUAAACGGCCAUCGAUUAGCAGAUAAAAAGAAGAUUGAUACGGAAUAUCCUAAAUACCCAUAUCACAAUAUCGAUUGGCUUUAUACAUACAAGUAUUGUGUGAGGGACGAUAUAUACCUCCUAAUAACUAAAAUACUUCCAAAGAACGGAGCCAAUAUUGCUCUUGAAUCCUAUCAAAACUCUCGAUCCAAAAAAGCCGGCCCGGCUUUAAAAGGCGCCAAUUUGUAUGAAGGAAAUGACCCAAAGGUUUACUGGGAAUGCGAACUUUUCAAAGGAUUCGGUGAAUUGAGAUUUGGAAAUAUUGAAUCUGUUAGUUAUAUAUCUCAAACAUACUACAGAAAGUAUUUUUAA